AUGGCUACAGCUAACGAAAGCGUGCCAAGGGACAUACUGAUUGUAGGAGCAGGAGUUUUUGGCUUGUCAACAGCACUAUCACUGCUGAGUCGACCAGCUUACGAUGCCUCCAGAAUCACCAUAAUAGAUUCAGCACUAGUGUUACCAAACCCUGUCGGCUCAUCAGUUGAUGCCUCCAGAAUCAUCAGAGCUGAUUAUGCUUCAAUCCACUAUGCAAAACUAGCAUGUCUUGCACAAGAGCAUUGGCGCGACCAGACCCCUUCUGGCUGGGGUGGUGAAGGUCGAUAUUCAGAGACGGGCUUCGUAUUAACGGGCGACAAAGGUCAAGAAGCAUACGUUUCUAGUGCCAUGCAUAACGUGCAAGACCUGGCCAGAGCAGGCCUUCCCAUGGAUAUCUCCAAGAUUCAGGAACUAAAGAAUCGUGAAGAAAUCCGAAAGGCUGCAGGUUUGCCAGGCGUUAGUGGCGACACAGGCUAUGCGAACUGGAACUCUGGCUGGGCGGAUGCUGAGAAGUCUGUGGCCCAUACAAUUCAACGAAUUCAAACCCACUCGAAUGCAAAGGACAGAAUAUCCAUCAAGCCGGGCUACGAAGUGGCUCGUCUUAUAUUCUCGCCCGAUAGCGGGCAAUGUACAGGCGUGACUUGUAAAGAUGGUACUUCCUUCACUGCCGAUCUGACCAUUUUAGCAACUGGAGCCUGGACACCGAGUCUCUUCAAUCUUCAGAACCGCUGUCUCGCAACUGGUCAAGUCAUCGCCUACCUCGAGCUCACUCAAGAAGAACAAAAUUACCUUGAGAAUACUCCUGUGGUAAUCAAUUUUGCAAAAGGUACUUUCGUAAUCCCACCUCAACGGGGCGAACUCAAAGUCGCUCGCCACGGCUUUGGCUACCGCAAUCCAAUCACAGUCGAGCAUCCAUCCACAAAAUCCAAUGCUGAGCGACUAUCCAAACACGGCGUGUCCGUACCACGGACAGACACAAACAUACCAGUCGAAGCUGAAGUUGCUCUUCGAGACGCGCUCGCCGAACUGUUUCCGCCCAACGUCGAUCCAGCCUGCCUCCCACCCGGCUGUCCAACCUCUCUGAGCACGGUUUCGACUCGGCCAUUCACAAAUACACGACUCUGCUGGUAUACGGACACUCCCACUGGUGAUUUUCUCAUAGACUGGGCACCACUCCCUGCGUCUAAGAACUCAGAGAACACAUCCCUCUUCCUCGCAACAGGCGGCAGUGGCCACGGCUUCAAGUUUCUUCCAGUCUUAGGCGACUACAUCGUCGACGCAGUCGAAGGUCGUCUGGACCCAGUAUAUCGCAAGCUAUGGGCCUGGCCAAGUAACGAGAAGCUAGAGAAGGAGUUUGGGCUGGCCGAGAGUGGGCAGGAGGCCAUCGAUGUCGUGUCUGGUACCAGCAAAGAGCUACAUGCCUUCCACGAAUGUAAGGACGGUAGUCGUGGAGGGCCGAAGGGGAUGAUCUUAGGCGAGGAGCUAAAGAAGGGAACAGCGGCUGUAAAGCCCCUGCAGGCGAAGUUGUGA